AUGAGCAUCAACGUGGAGCUCCACGACGGGGCGGUGCCGUACCUCGUGUCUCCGUACGAGAACUUCUUCUUCCUGAUCCACCACGUGAAGCUCGCGGUCGAGAGCGGCAACGGCUAUCCGGGGCAGGGCGGCUGCUUCUACGGCGGCGAAGGACGCUGCUACGUCUCGCAGUACCGCCUCGUCUUCGUGUCGGAUAGGGCUCAGGAGGGCAGUGCCUACCAGUCCUUCUCGCUGCCCUUCUACGGUAUCCGAGACUGGAGCUUCGACGUGAGCUUAUUCGGUGCAAAGAGCUGGAAGGGCCACGUCAAUAGAGUUCCAGGUGGUGGACUGGUCGGAGUCGGGAGGUUUGUGCUGGAAUUCCUGGCAAGUUUCUUUUAUUCCUUUGUCGAGAUUAAGAGGCGGGCUGUGAGUUCCGCAACCAUGUGCUGCCCUUGCUGGAGAACUCGCGAGCUUUGCAUCAGCAAUUCCGCGACCUGA